AUGUCGGCUCAGCCUACCACCAAGAAGUUCGGCUCGUCGACCCGGGCGGUCCCUCACGCCUCUCAGAAGGCCCAGAAGUGGUAUCCUACUUCUGACGAGCCUCAGAAGAAGCAGGUCCGCAAGGCUCUCCGCCCCUGGGCCCCCCGAUCCACGCUCCAGCCCGGAACCAUCCUCAUCCUCCUCGCUGGCCGCUUCCGGGGUAAGCGCGUCGUCCUCCUCAAGGCCCUCGACCAGGGUGUCCUCCUUGUCACCGGCCCCUUCAAGAUCAACGGUGUCCCCCUCCGAAGAGUCAACGCCCGAUACGUCAUUGCGACAUCCUACAAGAUCGACAUCUCCGGUGUGGACGCCAAGAAGAUCGAGGAGAUCUCUCAACCCAAGUACUUCGUCGGCGAGAAGGAGAAGGAGAAGGCCGGUGAGGAGGCCUUCUUCAAGCAAGGAGAGCAGCCCACGAAGAAGGAGGUGAGCAAGAACCGUGUGGAGGACCAGAAGGCCGUCGACAAGGCCCUUAUCGCGAACAUCAAGAAGGUCGAGUUCCUCGCCAGCUACCUCGCUACUUCCUUCUCCCUGCGAAAGGGCGACAAGCCCCACGAGAUGAAGUGGUAA